UAAUUUACCACUCGCUUUCUGGUGCAGAGCGCAGGUGGAGGUGGGGAAAAGCGUGCCUUGGCUUGUGCAUGCCAUGUGCUCCUCCACCUCCACUCCCUCCAUAGCUUGCUUGUGCAGGAAACAAAGAAAAGAAACCCUCCGUUCUCAAGAUUCCUUCCGUCCUCGUCUCUCCUCUUCACGCGCCGGCGCCGCCCAGCAAACAACACCCAAACUCUCCUGCGCUGCAUGCUCAAACCGGCCGGCCGGUGUUCAACUGAAGCUCGUCUGCUCUCCAACUCAGUUACCAGACUUGCAGAGCUCGUCUCCCCCCUUUGCGCAACACAAAGAAUAGAUUGGUUAAAUGGACUGACCAGUGAGGAGAUCAUAGUAACUGCAGAGUCCGCUGACACGCAAAAGAGGAAACACAAAAAUGGGCAAGACAAGUCAGAAACGGCUUAUGCGACGUCAGGGUCAGGCCAACAAUAUAGGCUGCAUGUCCGGCCUCAUCCGCAUGUUCUAUUCCCGCCAUGACGCCAAGCUCCUCUUGGACAGGAAGCAAGGGAGCACAAGGCACACUUUCACUGGCUUUACUGGAAGAGGCCACUCGAGAAAGAAUUCCAGGGAUUUGGACGAGAUAGAUGAAGACGGCAAUAUCUGCUGCUCUUAUGUUUCUCAGAACAUGGAGGAAUGCAGUUCAAGCAAACCAACAGUCAAAAGACUUAUGGAGGAUGAGCUAGCAGGAAAGGUAAAACGGUUGAAGAUUCCAAAUGAUGAGGUUCAAAGAAUAUUAGCUGACCUGGGACAUGACGUCUGUCUGGACAAAAGAUCAACACAGAACAACAAAUCAAAGGGAGACCAAAAUCACAGCACAAGCAUCACCGUGUCUGCUCCAUCUAGACGCUUGGAUCCUAGUGGUUCCAACAGCAUGGAAGAAGCAGAAGAGAAUGAACUGGAAUUUGCCUUGGCAGAUUUGUUAGGACAAAUCCAGAGAUACCAUGAUGAGCAGCCGCAUAAAAAUUGCAGGAAUAAGGGUGAGCUAUGUACAGAGCUGAAGGUCUUAAUCCAGAAAAAGCUUAACGAGUUAGAUAAUCCUCCUUGCAGUCUUGGUUAUGAGCAAACUCCACAGGGUGAGGAAAAGGAUACUGCUGACGGCAAACGUCUGCGUAGCAGCAGUGUAACUCGACCCAAACAAUUCAGAGAUACAUUCGAGAUGCUAAGCUCAGACACUGAACUUCUCUUCAAGAUACCUGAGAAGUCGAAUUCACAUAAUUUGGAGAGCGUUCAAAGGCACGAAAACAGACAGAUAGGAACUGGGCUAGUACCCACCAAAAUGCCAGAGAAUACCAAAGAUACUAAAAGUCCGAGUCAGCAUGAGUUGGUCACCAAGACACGUGGUAGAGAGAGUAGGCAUAUCUUUUUCUGGAAGAAGGAAAGACCAAACAGAACGCAUACUGCAGAAGGAACCAAUAGUUCUCAGCCAGUUAACAAAAUAGUUAUACUGAAGCCAAAUACAAUAGGAGGGGCUAACCCUGCUGUGGCUGUUAGUUCAACUGAUCAAUAUCCAGAAUUAAGUGCAGCUGAAAGUUCAAAAUUUUCAAUUACUGAAGUCAGGAGGAGAUUCAGAAUCGUGACUAGUGAAGCUAGAAAAGGAAAACCAACAGUGUGUGAAGAUGGCCUCCAAAAACAUCCGCAUUGGUUCAAAAAAUCAGCUUUCACAAUAAAAAAAGAUACCAGACAGCUCGCUGAACAGACCUCGGAAGAGAAAGCUUUGUCUACUGGUACAAAGGAUUUUAGAUCUUCAAGCAUGAGUAGGAAAAAACAAAGGCAUGAUGGACCAAGCGAAAUUAACAGUAACAUAAUGGCAUCGCCAAAGGAUGAAUCUGCCUUUUAUGACGAGGCCAAGAAACAUCUAACAGAAAUUCUGAAGGACAAAAGUCAAACAGCCAAGUACCCGAUACUUCAGAGAACAAGGUCCUUGGUAAGGAUGCUUUCCCUCCCUCAAUGCAACACACCAUCACCUAGGAGUAGCCCUAGGGCAAAAGAUUGCAUUUACCUUUCACCUGAAGAGGCAAACAUUCAUGCCAUAUACAAGGAAAAGAGAGAAGAAUUUGCAAAAGAAGAAAUCCACUUGGGAAAAAUUUCAGAAAGUUUUGCAUGUGAAGCACAGCAUAAGCAGGCUGUUCAGGAAAUGCAUUGCAUCAAUGAAGAAAGUCAAGAAACAACGCAAGACAAUGCUGAACUUGACACUCUGCUCACUGAAGAAAUUGACAAAUUGGAUUGCAUUCCAGCAGAGCAUUGCAGAUAUAAACCAUUGCAAGAUAUGGUGGAAGAAGCAGAAGCAGUCAAAGAGCAUGUUGCGAUGGUAACAAGCCCCCCUGGGAAUGACGUGCCAGAAUGCCAAGAGCCCACAACUCCCCGAUCAAGUGCACCAAUUGAGCUGAUAUCGCAAUUUUCUCCUGAUGGAAACCACGAAAAGCAAGAGCAACCGAGUCCAGUAUCUGUUCUCUAUCCAUUCCUCCACGAAGAUGUCGACAGUCCUAAUAAUGAAAACAUUAUAAAAUGUGAAUUGAACGAAGAUAUCUUGAGAUCACAAUACACCACAGCGGAUGGUUCAGACCAUGGGGUUUUCUGGGAGGACAAGGACGUCAGGUUAGGUUACAUAGAGGAAUUGCUAGAGCUGUCAGAAUUAUGCAGAUACCAGAACUUAGAGGUAUGGUAUCUAGAAGACGAGUUAAUCAGCCCUUGCUUGUUCGAAGAAUUACAUCAAGGCAAUCAAAUAGAUGAUAUGAAGCUUCUCUUUGACUGCAUUUGUGAAGCUGUGACAGAAGUCCAGGGUAUCUACUUCAGUCCUGCAUGCUUAUCUCCUCUCAAACGCAACAUAAGGGCACCUCCAACUGGACGAAACCUUAUCUCAGAAAUCAAUAAGCAAGUUGAGCGCCAUCUCCAUUAUCAAUUCCCGAGCACAUUAGACCAGCUAGUUAUUAUGGAUCUUGAAGGUGGCAGUUGGAUGAAUCUUGGACCAGAAAGUGAAGAGAUCACUGUGGUAAUAUGGGACUGCAUACUAGAUGAACUAUUGGAAGAAGCUGUUUAUGAUUUGUGGAUUUGAAGCUUCAGUCUCCUAGUCAACAUUGAAGUCUCCUAACACUAUCUGUAUAUUGUUGGCCGUGCAACAACUAGAAUCAUCACUCGUAAAUACAAGUUACCAUACUGAUAAUAACCUGUUUUUUGUGGCCAAAUCCGGUAAUUUCAACUUGGAGGACCACAGAAACAACAUUGCUUGCGAAUUUGAGUAUAACACUUUAGGAGCCCAAGCUAGUACAGCAGAAGUCAUUCUUAAAUAUGCCAGCAGCAGCUAUCAGCUAUUAUGUGAAAUUUUCCUGAGCAAUGGAUAUAAUUAACUUUCAACGGAUUCACAGGUGAUGGCUUCGCACAACAAGGCAAGUUCUUGGGGCCAAAAGCAUUGCAGCAUGUGGCUGAUGAGAAGUCUUGUGAGUUUUAUGUGUCCCAUGUGUGUAUUCUUGUUAUUUUUUUUGGCAAAGUUAAGAACAGAGUGAGUGUGUGAGCCUGCGAGACAGAGAGGAUGUGUGCUUGGUUGUGUGUACUAACUAUCGUAAUUCAUAAAUGAAUGCAUUUCAGUUAACCCA